AAAUUUUUUUUUUCUUCGGAGGCUAAAAGAAAGACGAGGAGGAAGAAGAACGAACCAGCAUUAUAUAUCAGCAGAAGCAUUCUCUGCUCUUGAGAACCUCGCAGCCUAACCAGUGUGUUCGCAAAGUGAUUGGAUGAGCUUGGAUGUGGAAGUGAAGCCAAGAGGAGGUCCACUCUUGUUGUUAUCAUCAACCUUGUCACUGUGGCCAUCAUGGCACAGCAACAAUCUUCGCGACUCAAUCGUCUCCUUACACUGUUGGACACUGGUUCAACGCAAUCUACUCGGCUUACUGCAGCCAGGCAGAUCGGAGAUAUUGCAAAGUCUCAUCCUCAGGACUUGAGCUCUCUUUUGAGAAAGGUUUUGCAUUACCUCCGUAGUAAAAAGUGGGAUACGAGGGUUGCUGCUGCUCAUGCUAUUGGUGCCAUUGUUCUGAAUGUCAAGCAUACUUCAUUGAGUGAACUCUUAAAUUCGUUGGCAACAAAGUUGGGUGAGGCCGGGAUAUCUGGUAAUGUAGAUGAAGUGGUGGCUUCAGGAAAUCUUCAGUCCAAACUUCUAGCAAAUGCUCCCUUCAGAAGCUUUGAGAUGAAUAAAGUCUUAGAAUUUGGCGCUUUGCUGGCGUCUGGUGGACAGGAGUACGACAUUUUGAAUGACAAUUCCAAGAAUCCAAGGGACCGAGUGGCUCGUCAGAAAAAGAAUCUCCGGCGACGUUUAGGUUUGGACAUGUGCGAGCAGUUUAUGGAUGUCAACGAAAUGAUUGGAGAUGAGGAUCUUAUUGAAGAGAAGUCUAAUGUUCAUGCAAAUGGGGUUGGAAAUAGAUUAUACGCAAACUAUUCUCCACAUCAUAUUCAACAAUUUGUUUCAAGAAUGGUUCCCCGUGUCAAUUCUAAGAGGCCAAGCGCAAGGGAAUUGAAUUUAUUGAAACGUAAAGCAAAAAUGAGCUCCAAAGAUCAAGCUAAAGUUAGCUGCGAAGGAGCAGAUGUUGAGAUGUCAUCGUCUCAUGCUUCAACCUCAAAAAGAACUCUGUCUGACUCAUUGGACUCUAACAAGGCAAACGUUGGUAACGAAGAUGAUAUUGAGCCUGAUGGGGAUGGAAGAUGGCCUUUCCACAGUUUUGUUGAGCAACUUAUUCUUGACAUGUUUGACCCUGCAUGGGAGAUCCGCCAUGGCAGUGUUAUGGCUCUGAGAGAAAUAUUAAUGCUUCAUGGUGGUUCUGCUGGAGUGUCAACAGCAGAGUUUAGCUCGGAUAAUGGUUUUGAGUCAAAAGAAGUCUUGAAUACAGUAACACGAGAGAGAGAAAUCGACUUGAAUAUGCAGCUUUCAGAAAAUGAGCUUGAGCCACUUCGGAAAAGACUUAAGACAGAGGAUCCAUCAAAAUCAUUUAUUGAUAACACAGUUUUGGAGGUUAUGGGGAGUGACUAUGAUAUUGAUGUUAAAAAUGAAAAUGUUGAGUAUUUACUGCCGCCAGUGCAGGUCAAUGGUCAAAUUGACUCCAGUUCUACGAAAAUGGAACCUCAAUCUUCUAUUGAUGCAUCAUCUCAGUCUGAAAUAAAUCAUGUGGCAGAGGUUAGCAAUCACUCUGAAGAUACGAGUUUUGUUGAGGAAGCUGUUAUCCCUAAUAAGCAUCAGAAAGAAAAUAUCGAAGGGUUGGAUUUGGUUAAACAAGCCAGGCAUUCUUGGAUCAAAAAUUUUGAAUUUCUCCAGGAUUGCACCAUUCGUUUCUUAUGUGUACUUUCUCUUGACCGUUUUGGGGAUUAUAUUUCUGAUCAGGUAGUUGCUCCUGUGCGGGAAGCGUGUGCCCAAGCACUUGGUGCUACUUUCAAAUACAUGAGUCCCUCGUUAAUUUAUGAGACAUUAAACAUCUUGCUUCAGAUGCAGCGCCGGCCUGAGUGGGAAAUUCGUCAUGGGAGUCUUUUGGGCAUCAAGUACUUAGUUGCUGUGCGACAGGAAAUGCUCCAAGAUUUGCUUAGCUAUAUUCUUCCGGCGUGUAAAGCAGGGUUGGAGGAUUCUGACGAUGAUGUGCGAGCGGUUGCUGCGGAUGCACUUAUACCGGCAGCAGCUGCUAUUGUUUCUUUGAGAGGACAGACAUUACUUACCAUUGUCAUGCUACUGUGGGAUAUCUUGCUUGAGUUGGAUGACUUAAGUCCAUCCACCAGCAGUGUUAUGAACCUCCUGGCAGAGAUCUAUUCUCAAGAUGACAUGACCCUUGUGAUGCAUGAGGAAUUAUCAGUGGGGGAUGAACAAAAUAUUGACCUCAAUGGAAGGGUUCAUGUCGAGACUAUUAGAGAAAGAAGAGAUGUCAAGGAAAGCCCAUAUGCAUUAUCAGCUUUAGCCCCUAGGUUGUGGCCAUUUACGAGACAUGACAUCACAUCAGUUCGAUUUUCUGCUAUUCGAACUCUGGAGCGACUACUUGAAGCUGGAUGCAGAAAAAACAUUCCUGAGCAGUCCAAAAUUUCUUCUUGGCCAUCGUCAAUAUUAGGGGACACCCUGAGAAUUGUCUUUCAGAAUCUUUUGCUUGAAUCAACUGAGGAAAUUCUGGAGUGUUCGGAGAGGGUGUGGAGGCUUUUGGUUCAGUGCCCAGUGGGAGAUUUAGAAGAAGCUGCAAAAUCAUACAUGGCUUCGUGGAUAGAACUUGCAGCUACUCCUUAUGGCUCAACAUUGGAUGCUACAAAAAUGUUUUGGCCAGUAGCACCUCCUCGUAAGAGUCAUUUUAAAGCUGCUGCUAAGAUGAAAGCUGUCCAACUUGAGAGUGAAGCUUCCAGCAUUCUGGGCUUUGAUUAUGCAAGAAAUUCUGCUUCCCUAGAAAAAAAUGAAGAUGCUUCUGCCAGGUCCACUAAAAUUACUGUCGGCUCUGAUAUGGAGAUGUCAGUGACUCGCACCCGGGUAGUUACAGCAUCUGCGUUAGGUAUCCUUGCAUCCCGGUUGAGCGAGGGUUCAAUGAACUUUGUGGUAGAUCCACUGAGUAGUACUCUUACUUCUUUGUCCGGUGUUCAGCGCCAGGUUGCGUCCAUUGUGCUUAUCUCUUGGUUCAGAGAAAUCAAAUGCAAGGUCCCUUCCGAUGGAAGUGGAAGUUUUCCUGGUUUUCCUAGUCCUCUUAAAAAGUGGAUGCUAGAUUUGCUAGCUUGCUCAGACCCUGCUUUCCCUACCAAAGACAUACUACUUCCUUACGCUGAGCUCUCCAGAACUUACACUAAAAUGAGGAAUGAAGCUUCUCAGUUGUUACAUACAGUUGAAAACUGCCAUUGUUUUGAUAAGUUAUUGUCAACGACUAAACUCAAUGUGGAGAGCUUGAGUGCUGAUGAGACAAUUGAAUUUGCAUCAACACUAGCUUUGUGGAAUAAAGACAGUGCUGGAAAUGAAUCCUUAGAAAAGCAAGUUUAUGAAGAUGUGGAGUCAUCUAGGCAACAACUGCUAAGUACUGCUGGUUAUUUAAAAUGUGUCCAGAGUAAUCUACAUAUCACAGUCACCUCCCUGAUCGCUGCCGCCGUUGUUUGGAUGUCAGAAUUUCCCGCUAGACUUAAUCCAAUAAUCUUGCCACUGAUGGCUUCGAUUAAAAGAGAGCAGGAACAAAUACUACAGCAGAAAGCUGCUGAGGCUCUUGCAGAGCUUAUUUCUUACUGUGUUAAUAGAAAGCCAAGCCCCAAUGACAAGUUAAUCAGGAAUAUUUGUAGCUUGACGUGCAUGGAUCCUAGCGAAACACCUCAAGCUAGUAUCAUUAGCUCUAUAGAUAUCGUUGAUGAUCUGGACUUCCUGUCUUCGCGGAGUAACGCAGGAAAACAAAAGGCAAAAGUCGUGUUGGCUGGUGGCGAAGACAGGUCUAAAGUUGAGGGUUUUAUAACUAGGAGAGGAGCUGAACUUGCAUUAAAGCAUUUAAGCGUGAAAUUUGGUGGUUCCUUAUUUGACAAGCUCCCGAAAUUGUGGGAGUGCCUCAUUGAGGUUCUUGUUCCUGGAAAUCCUUCAGAUCAACAGAAUAUUGACCUUAGAAUAGAAUCUGUCUCUGAUCCACAGCUCUUGAUAAACAACAUCCAGGUGGUACGUUCAAUAGCACCAGUGAUGGAAGAAACACUGAAGCCUAGACUACUCAGUCUCCUGCCUUGUAUUUUCAAAUGCGUUCGCCAUUCCCAUGUGGCUGUUAGAUUGGCUGCUUCUAGAUGUGUUAUGACAAUGGCUAAAUCAAUGACAACAAAUGUCAUGGCAGCAGUAGUGGAAAAUGCUAUUCCAAUGUUGGGAGAUUUGACGUGCAUUAAUGCCAGACAAGGCGCAGGAAUGCUUAUUGGUUUGCUUGUUCAGGGACUGGGUGUAGAACUGGUUCCAUAUUCUCCUUUAUUGGUUGUUCCACUCCUGAGAUGCAUGAGCGACGUUGACAGUUCAGUCAGGCAGAGCGUGACACGUAGCUUUGCUGCCCUUGUACCUAUGCUUCCAUUAGCACGUGGGGUUCCCCCUCCUGUAGGGUUGAGCAAAGAUUUAUCCAGUAAUGCAGAGGAUGCCAAAUUUUUGGAGCAGCUACUUGACAACUCCCAUAUAGAUGAUUACAAGCUUUGUACUGACUUAAAAGUUACAUUGAGAAGGUAUCAACAAGAAGGAAUCAAUUGGUUAGGAUUCCUAAAACGUUUUAAGCUCCAUGGAAUUCUCUGCGAUGAUAUGGGGCUUGGUAAGACACUUCAAGCAUCUGCAAUUGUGGCAUCUGAUGCAGCAGAGCGUCGUGGUUCAACUGAUGAACCAGAUAUUUUUCCAUCUAUAAUUGUUUGCCCUUCAACACUAGUUGGCCAUUGGGCGUUUGAAAUUGAGAAGUAUAUCGACCUUUCUCUGCUAAGCGUAUUGCAGUAUAUUGGCUCUGCUCAAGACCGCGUUUCUCUUCGUGAACAGUUUAACAACCACAAUGUCAUUAUCACAUCUUAUGAUGUGGUCCGGAAGGAUGCUGAUUAUCUGACACAGUUCUCAUGGAACUAUUGUAUUCUGGAUGAGGGACACAUAAUUAAGAAUGCUAAAUCUAAAAUUACUUCAGCCGUGAAACAAUUGAAGGCCCAGCACCGGCUUAUCCUUAGUGGAACGCCAAUACAGAAUAAUAUCAUGGAGCUUUGGUCGCUUUUUGACUUUUUGAUGCCUGGAUUUCUUGGGACCGAGAGACAGUUUCAAGCAUCUUAUGGAAAACCGUUGGUGGCAGCUAGAGAUCCUAAAUGUUCAGCUAAGGAUGCUGAAGCGGGUGUACUGGCAAUGGAAGCACUCCAUAAGCAGGUUAUGCCAUUCUUAUUGCGGCGUACAAAAGAAGAAGUCCUCUCUGAUUUGCCAGAAAAAAUCAUCCAGGACAGAUACUGUGACCUUAGUCCUGUCCAGCUGAAACUUUAUGAGCAAUUUUCUGGUUCACAUGCUAAGCAAGAAAUAUCUAGUAUCAUAAAAGUUGAUGGAUCAGCAGAUUCUGGCAAUGUGGAUGCUGCGCCGACAAAAGCAUCCACACACGUUUUCCAGGCACUGCAGUACCUGCUUAAACUCUGCAGUCAUCCGCUUCUUGUUCUUGGCGAAAAGAUUACAGAGUCGGUGGCUUCUGAUUUGUCAGCAAUGAUGAAUGGAUGUUCGGACAUUAUCACUGAGCUUCAUAAAGUUCAACACUCUCCAAAGCUUGUUGCUCUUCAGGAAAUUUUAGAAGAAUGUGGAAUAGGUUCUGAUGCUUCUAGUUCAGAUGGCACUCUUAAUGUAGGGCAGCACAGAGUUCUGAUAUUUGCACAGCACAAAGCUUUGCUGGACAUCAUUGAAAAGGACUUGUUUCAAGCCCACAUGAAAAGUGUCACAUAUAUGCGACUGGAUGGUUCAGUUGUACCGGAGAAAAGAUUUGAGAUUGUGAAGGCUUUUAAUUCAGAUCCUACAAUUGAUGUUCUGCUCCUGACAACACAUGUUGGUGGACUUGGGUUGAACCUGACCUCUGCUGACACACUUGUAUUUAUGGAGCAUGAUUGGAAUCCUAUGCGUGAUCAUCAGGCGAUGGAUAGAGCGCAUAGAUUGGGACAGAAGAGAGUUGUAAAUGUACACCGUCUAAUAAUGCGUGGCACACUUGAAGAAAAAGUGAUGAGUCUCCAAAGAUUCAAAGUGUCGGUUGCCAAUACAGUAAUCAAUGCUGAGAAUGCUAGUAUGAAGACAAUGAACACUGAUCAGUUGCUCGACUUAUUUGCUUCAGCUGAAACUUCGAAAAAGGGUGGUGCGUCUUCGAAUAAGGGAUCAGAGGAUAGUGAUCAGAUUAGUGGAACUGGAAAAGGACUGAAGGCAAUUCUGGGUAACCUAGAGGAACUGUGGGAUCAAUCACAGUACACAGAAGAAUACAAUCUUAGCCAGUUCUUAGCUAAGCUAAACGGGUAGUGGCCAAAAAACCAGGAACGUGUGUACAUAUUAUUCAGCUCGAUUCAAGAAAACCAACAAUUUUGACGUUCCAAACACAGAAAAGGUUACAUCCACUCUCUCUUUUGUUCAACUUCUUCUUCUCCAUUUGUUUCGUGUUCAAUCUUUUAGAUCCAUAAAGAAGAAAUUAGUUUAAAUCAUAAAAGGAGAAAACGCGAAAAGAUAGAUUGGAGGUUGGAGGAGACAUCGAGUCGUUCGUUUUGGCAAUACGACCGGUCUAAUGUUUGUGGCCGCCAAAGUAGUUUUUGUAGUGAUUCUGAAAUCGUGUAAAUACGCUUUUUACCAGGCUUUUCUCAUCUUUUUUCUAGCUUUUUUCUAGUUAGUUUAUGUUUA